UAAAAAGUGAAUAAUUUUAAUUGAAAAUUGUCGUAACUUUAAUUUCUAAUUAUUUAGUCUAUUUAUUUCAUAUAUCUGUAGUUUGCUCUUAAUAUCACAUAAACCAAUAGUUUUCGUUAUUUUAUAAAGGCAAUAUAUAAACAUAAUUAUGUGCAAUUGAAGUACCAGAAUGUGUUAGUUGUUAACAAAGAUAAAAGCAAAACAAUUUGCGUUUCAACGCUGAAACCGCCAGCUACAUUAGCCCAUACCGAAACAGCUGUGGAGCCUUCAUACACCAUUUAUUCCUAAUAAAGUGUUAUCUGCAGAUGGCAGAAUUAGAAAAUACCACCAAUCACAUGCCUGCUGGAACGGAUGCCGAAGAUGUUUCGUCACAAAAUGGUACAGCAACAGCGACAGCGCUUGUUUCAUCCUCACCAUCCUUAAAUUCUGAGGAUUCCACAAGUAAUACAGCAGAACAAAUGGUGACUUCACCAAAAACCAAAGCCGUGACUAUAAAUGCACCAUCGCCCUCUCCUACACUUUCAAAACCAAGUCUUACAACAUAUCUGCCUUGUAUAACUGAAGGUUUGGAGCAGUUUAAACCUAUCAUACCUUUUGAAGAUCUUAUAUUCGAAGAAAAAAUCGGACAUGGUUCCUUUGGUGUUGUUUACAAAGUUAAAUGGCAGGAUCGACAGGUAGCCGCAAAAGAGUUCAUGGCUAAUCCGGAUCAAGCGGAAGCUAUUGAAACAGAGGUACGACAGUUAUCUCGGGUAAGCCAUCCCAACAUUAUAGAGCUUUAUGCAAUAACUGCAAAUCAACAAUCAAUAUACCUCAUAAUGGAGUUUAUGGAAGGUGGCUCCUUACACACAUUUCUACAUGGCAAGGUGAAACCCUACUAUUCGACAGCGCAUGCCAUGAGUUGGGCCUGUCAAUGUGCAGAGGGUGUCGCCUAUUUGCAUGCAAUGAAACCUAAACCUCUAAUUCAUCGUGACUUAAAGCCCCUGAAUUUGUUACUUACGAACAAGGGACGUCAUUUGAAGAUUUGUGAUUUCGGAACUGUUGCAGAUCAGGCUACAAAGAUGACUAAUAAUCGCGGAACGGCUGUGUACAUGGCACCAGAGGUUUUCUCAUCGUGCAUGUAUGACGAAAAAUGUGAUGUUUUCAGUUGGGCCACAGUGCUAUGGGUGGUGCUGAUGCGCCAACAGCCUUUUGCCGAAAUCACAAACGCCUAUUCAAUACAAUGGCAAAUACACAAAGGCCAUCGUCCUCCAAUGAAUGCUAAAAUACCGCAACCAAUACAAAAUCUUAUGCAAGAUUGUUGGCUGAAGGAGCCAGCAAAGCGUCCACCCAUGGCACAAGUGUUGGCUUUUAUGAAAAGGGUAACGGCUGAUUUCCCAGGAGCUGACGUGCCGUUAGAAUAUGAAUUUAAACAUCUUCAGAUUGUCUGCACGGAUUCCACACAAUCGACUGACAGUUAUCAACUUGAUUUCAGCAGUAUGAGGUCCACCGAAAACUCCAGCACUACUUUAGAUUUAACGCCAACAAAUACAGCAGAUAACACAAACACAACAGAUUCCUCGAUAACACCUACGAACAGCACAGAGGGUUACUCCAACUUCACUGUGCCCCCAACAACACCUGUACCAACCGCACGUAUAGCUGGAUUAACAUGUUGGGAUGCUAUACCCGAAGAGUCUGAAUCCUCCUCAAGUCAGCAGAACACUAGUGGAGAUAUGUUCAAUAUGACACCGUCACCUUCGGCUUCAAAACGUUAUGAAACUAUACGCAACGGCAUAACGCAAAAAGCUAAUUUCAAUAUGAAUCCGCUGUCAAUCGAUGUGGACCCUCGUGCUUGGGAUUUAUUUCGGGGUGAGUGAACUUAGUUCUAAAAUUACAUAGAAAUUUGUAUUUUAUUUAUUUACGAAUUUUAAAAUCUCGCAAUA